AUGAGCGACAGUAAGAAGGAGCGGAUCGCCGCCUUUGUCACGGAUGGAGGAGACGGCAUGUUGCUGCUUGGGACCAAUGCACUGCGGCCAUUUGGAUAUGAUCUCACUAAGCGAAAGUGUUCAGAGCCUGUGGUGCUACCUCCGAUCACGGUAGACGAAGACAUUCCGAUGCAAAAGAGAAAUCGGCCUUUGCCACAACGGAAGGUCUGUACCACUUCCGGAUACUACCUUUCGGGCUCCUCACCUGCGGUAUUUCAACACAUGCAUGCAGUUCUCGAGCCUCUACUGGGAUAUGACGUCUUCUGCUGCCUGGAUAACAUGGUGGUAGUCACAGAAACAGUACAGAGGCAUUUCCAAAUUUUGGAACGGGUUUUUGAGCAACUGUUGAAAGCACGACUCAGGUUGAACUCAAAGAAAUGCGUGUUGCUGGAAAGGAAAGUGGAGUUCCUCGGCCACGUAAUAGAUUGUGAUGGGUUGUACAUGAGUCCAGCCAAGAUGGAAGCGAUCAGAAGGUGCCCGUACCCCAAUCGCGCUCGGACCUUCAAACGUUUCUCGGGAAACGUAUGCGUUUUGUAUGAAAUCGAGAGCUGUGAAGAUUAUGAUUCCCCCCAACGAUUUCAUGUCGCUUUCACUGUUGAGAAUACGACACAGGUAAGAGUUUAG